AGCAUUGCAAACCGCGCUUCCAACAUGGCAUCUAUAGCCCCAUUGCGAUCGCAUUGGGCUGCGGCUAGCCGGUCCAAAUAUGUGGCAGGUUCAGCGAUCACGAACAGAAUUGCCGUCAGUCGGUUCCAUGCUGCCAGCUUGAGCCGCGGCAAAGACGAUGCCCCGAAAGCAGAGACACCAUCUGCCGCGGCAACCAAUGUCACCCUCAAAUCAUCCGAGAGCAGCACCGCGGAAUCAGAGAUACCUCGCCUGCCUAGAAACGUACAGGCUAUAUACCUGAAGCCCCUACGACGAGAUGUGGAAUAUGGUGUCCCGUCCUGCGAUCUUCAAUUGCGAUCCUACAGCGUACGAAACCUCGAAUUCUUCGCAGAUUUUGCCCUACGAGCAGCAUACUAUUUGAAACUCCCUGCCUUUGGCCCUGUUCCGCUUCCCCGAAUUACGGAAAGAUGGACGGUCCCGAAGAGUAAUUUCGUCAACAAGAAGUCUCAGGAGAAUUUCGAACGUAUCACCUUGAGACGCCUUAUCCAAAUUAAAGACGGACACCCAGAGACUGUCGAGUUAUGGCUUGCUUUCUUGAAAAAGCACGCAUAUUACGGAAUCGGAAUGAAGGCGAACGUGUGGGAAUACAACGAGCUUGGGGUCGGAAAAACAAUGGAUGUGAGCUUGGAGAAUCUCAAGAACGUCAUGGAGCCCAAAUGGGCCCAUUUUGGACGAAACAGAAACCUGGAGACUUCAGAGAAGGUUUUGGAGUUGAUGAAUUCCGAGAAGUAUAGGCUUGCAGCAACCGGCAACGCACCAAUGACCAACAGAUAAGGUUAAUAUUUCAGAGUGUCCGGGAUGUAUAUUAUACUGUAUCAGAAGCACGUAAAUUAGGUAUUGCUGCAUUUAGAAGGCGCAGGGUAGCACAUGUUGGGAGUUAAUGGGUAACGGAAACCCUGUAUAUAUACAUAUCCGCAAGAAACAGCUUACUACUGUGAAUCUCCAACAUUAGAAUAUGAAACCGGG